CCACAACCAACUCCCCCCGACCACCAAACAAAGCAAGUAUCGGAGUGAUCGCGUGUCAAUGGCAGAAGCGCGUCUACACCACGUCGCGUCUCUCCUCGAAGCCUCGAACCCAACCUCUUGUCCGCUUCCCCACCAGUCAAAACUCUAGAAUCCUCGCUUGCCAAUCACAUCUCGACCCCUUCUCGCGAUGAAACGCGAAGCGAGGCCACACUGCACGACCGCACAUCAUGUACAUUCUUUGUUUACAGGCUGGAAGAGUCAUCGACGCGAUGUUGAUACUGGGUUUCUGGAUCACGCAUGAUGUGGUUGAUGGUAUAAGUUAAGUUUCUGCGCGAGUGCGCUGGCAUUCUUUCAUUCUCUAUAUUGUCGUUUGCGUAAAAUUGGAAUUUGCGUAACCUCCAGCGAUGUCUUGCUGGAACUUCUUUACUAUUUUAUUCUGAGCCCAUUGGGUUUACUACCAGAUCUCUCGAAAAAAAUCUUGAAUAUAAAAAGAGUGCUUGCGAAUACUCUUCGUCAGACCUCCUUUGAUCGCCUAGUCAAGUGAUUCAGCCUGUGUCUCCAAUCUUACUCUGUUUCGAGCCUCACGAGCUUCAAUCAUGGUAAGUGCUCCUUUGAUUGUAGAAGUUUGAUUGCUAAUACAUCUCAGGUCAUGGCUUCCACGGCACCUAACUCUCCGGUAUCUUCAGACUCAAUUUCGCCCUCACCAACGAGUACUUCGCGCACUACUCCACCUCCAAGUCCCCGACCUACAUCCGCGUCGCCAACCAAAGCCAAGGACCACCUUACUACACUCCCUCCCGAGCUCCUCCUCGCAGUCAUAUAUCAUCUACCCAGUUCAAGCAGCCUGCUUCCACUCUCCCAAACAAACACAUACCUCCAAACAUUCCUUCUGACUACCCAUGCAGCAACAAUCUGCAACACAUUCAUCACCACACGGCAUUCACAUGCCGCAUCUAUCUUUUCCGCUACAUAUCGAGAUGGCUGGUUCCUACCAAAUCACGAAGCUGUACUGGGCACGGAGCGGCGAAUCACACGGGAGCUGGUUCGCAAAACUGGAUGCGGCUGUGUAAAUUGCCGAGCCUUCCUACAAUCAUCGCGAUCCACUGCAGCAUCCUCGUCCGAUCUCUCACUAACAUCAGAAUCCAGCGCACAAUGCUGUCUCAAGAUUCCAUGUUUUUCCAGCUCGCCCACUCGGCCCGCUCAGUCGCAAGCGUCGUGUAAAGCAGUUCACCUGAUAGACAGUCCUUGGAAGCUUUCCAUGCCUGGUCCCAUGUUUCUGGUCUUCCUUGAGCGAUAUGAGUGGGAGCUUGAGACGAGAUAUGCUAUGCUUGAAGCGGAAUGCAAGGAUGCUGAUGCUGCGAAACGAGAAGAGGAGGAGCGGAGGUUUGAGUUUAUCGUCGGGAAUUAUUCUGUCCGCAGAUUUCUGGAAGACGUUGAGAGAGAGUUCGAGCCUGCUGGUCGGGAGCAAGAAACCAACAGCAGUGAACAACCAGAGAACUCAAACCGGGGGCUGGGUAGGAGACUUGGUGGUUGCAUCAAAAAGAGUUGGGUGAAGGGGAGGAGAAUGUUCGUCGUGAAGAAAAAGAAGCAACAGAACGCCACUCAAAGCCGGAAUUCUACUCCUCCACUGUUUGGCGAGAUUGGCAGACCCGAGAGUGAUACUGGGACAGUUCAAAAGCAUGAUAGGUCCUGGAUGAUGGGCUUGCUCUGGUAUUAUGGCCUACAGACACCAUCACCCCACCUUCAAGAUUCUACUCAGCCUCAGUCUAUCCCUUCUCCAUCGGCAUCUACGUCGCAAAAUCACACUACGGAGAAACAGACUGCAAGCCCCAAGACAGUAGCAGAAGCGUCACCACCACAAUCAUCAUCUACAGCAGCCGGAUCUUCAGAAAAAUUGGCAGCAGCACAAGCAAGUGGAAAUAAGACAUCACGGAAUUGCAUGGCAGGCGUUAAAACAGGAAUGAAUCACGUGAGCGGGAAAUUGAAGCAGGUGCUCAGGCGUUGUAAAUAUGUUGGCGGGUUCCAGUCCUUGCAGGGAUAGGUUGAGCUGAGCUCAUCUCGAAACAGGAAUUUUAUAGCGGCAUUUGUACAUGUUAUCCCUCUACCCUUCGUUUAGCAUUUUUAUUUGUCUCAUCACGUUUGGGUGUGUCGUGAGAAUCAUGACAAGGCUCUGUCCAAAAUUGCCAGUCUUGACAAAACCAACGGAAA